AUGCUGUUCUGGCAUCUUCCCAACAUUCGCCUGGGACCCUUGACCACCACUCCUUUAUACAUAAUGUGCCUCCACUUAAUUCUUACUACAGAUGAAAUGAACUUCACGAGCACAAAUCCCGACGAGAACGUUUCCGCCGUUGAAACUAAGGGUGACAACGGGGGCCUUGGUUCCCUCUUCCAGAUGGCUGGUCAAGUGGGUCGAGCCAUGGGUCAGCUAGUUCAGGUGAUGGCUAUUGAUCAGGAUGGCCUAGGGAACGAACCGGGCCUGCUUAGGUCAGGAGAAGUACUUGAGCCAGGCCCAGCGACUGGAACAAAGGACGACCAAAUUGGCUUCAGUUUGCAGGUAACCGCCUUACUCAUCCACUAA